GCGGCAGCAGCAGCGGCGGCGGCGAGCGGCUCCGGGACAGGGACAGGGACACUGAGCUAGUGCUGGUGCUGGGAACGACCCGGAGGGAAGUGAUGCCCCUUUUUAAACCGUUCCGCAAGAAACCCAUGAUCAAGGUCACCAAGCAGCACCCAUGACGCCUCCAGCGACGACGCAGAACGGGGCCGAAGGGCGGAACGAGGAGCGCGAGAAUGGUGUACUGGCGCGUGGGCUUGGCGUGGAGCCGAUCGUGCGUGCUCGACCUCGGCCGCAACAAGAGCUUCUUCCCCUUCGCUCUCUGUAGCUCGGACGAGCAGCUCUCGUUUUAUGGCUACGUCAUCGCGUACCCGCUGCAGGACUACGGCGGCAUCAUGGCGGCCCUGGGCUCGGACUCGUGGUGGCGGAAGACGCUGUACAUCACCGGGGGCGCGCUGCUCGCCGCCGCUGCUUAUUUACUGCACGAGCUGCUCGUCGUCAGAAAAGAGCAGGAACUGGAUUCCAAAGACACAAUCAUCCUCCACCAAUUUUCCCGGCCCAAGAACGGCGUUCCCAGCUUGUCCCCUUUCUGCCUCAAGAUGGAGACCUACCUGCGAAUGGUAGACCUGCCUUACCAGAACUACUUUGACGGGAAGCUUUCUCCGCAGGGGAAGAUGCCGUGGAUUGAGUACAACCAGGAGCAGGUGAGCGGCUCUGAGUUCAUCAUUGACUUCCUGGAGGAGAAGCUUGGAGUGAACCUGAACAGUAACCUGAGUCCCGAGGAGCGAGCCAUGUCACGCGCCAUCACCAAAAUGGUGGAGGAGCAUUUCUACUGGACAAUAGCCUACUGUCAGUGGGUCGAUAACCUGGAGGAGACUAAGAAGAUGCUGGCAGUGACUGGGCCACUGAGUGACAUGCUCAGAUGGAUUUUGAGUCACAUUAAUGGUGGCAUAGUGAAGAGAGAGAUGUAUGGCCAUGGCAUUGGGCGCUUCUCUAAAGAGGAAAUCUACAUUCUGAUGGAAAAGGACAUGCGCACCCUGGCCACUCUGCUCGGAGAUAAGAAGUACAUCAUGGGCCCCAAAGUCUCCACGGUUGAUGCUGCAGUAUUUGGCCACCUUGCCCAGGCCAUGUGGACUUUACCUGGCACGCGGCCAGAGCAGCUCAUUAAGGGUGAGUUCAUUAAUCUAGCCAUGUACUGUGAGCGCAUCCGGAGGAAAUUUUGGCCCGAGUGGUUUGUGGACGUUGAUGACUUCUAUGAUGGCUUGAGUGAAGAGCCACACUCUCCGUCUCAGCUGCUUGACCUGGGCCUGUUUUCACGCAGUGACAGUUUCCCGGAGGAGCCCAGCAGCCUCUCACGCUCCAACACCACACACUCGCUGGACAGCGAUCGCACUGGACACUCGCUCUUCGACUCCGACAUGGAUGGCGAGUACUCAGAGAUGGAGCAGGUCAAGUGCUAACCACUUAUUCCGUCAUGAUGCCACUUCUCAGGCAUUUCUGUCCUCCAUUAAGCCCCUCUCAAUAAGGAUAGAGUUUACCUUUCUGAGGAGGACGGGGCUUCUGAAAAUUCUGGCUGCACGAGAGGGAUGAGUACAGCAAGAGAAGUAUGAAAGGUGUGCAGUAUUAUGAUAGACAGUGUGAAAGCUGAUGAAUCUCCUGUUUACCUGCAAGUAGGGCUGGGUAUGAUAGUAUAUUAUAGUAUGAUCUUGACAUAGCGAUAAAUCGUUCUGAUGUUGUGGGGUGUGAUAAACACUGACCAGGGUCACAUGGCUUGAAGCUGAUUGGACAAAAAUCUAUUUUUAUACCGGAGUUUCAUUUUUCAUUUUUCCUUCCAUUUACUUUUUUUUUUCUUUAGACAACAAAUGAAAUAUUGCGUCACAGUUUAGCAGCCAUUUUGUGGAUCAAACUAGAUACCAUGAUACAUAUCGUGUAUUGUAAAUGUCCUCAGAUAUCUUGAUGUCAUAUUUUGCCCACCCCUACUUGCAAGGAAAUACAUUUGAAAUUAGGUAGUAGGAAAAGAUAAAGGGAUGGGAAAGGAAAAAAGAAAAGAAGUGAGAGAAAGCCAAGAAAUGUCAACCAAGUCAAAUCACAAAGCAAGGGAAUUAUUAAAAAAGAGAGAGAGAGAGAAACCCAAGGGAGUGAAUGACGCCACUGCUGAAUCAUUCCCGUCGUCGUGACAGAUCACUGUUCCUCAUCGUCCUCUCGCCAUGUUGAAAAAACUGUCUCUUCCUGUCUUAAAGUGUAUUAUUGUAUGGAUAUCGAUGUAGGUUUGAAUCUGGAGAGCACUUGAUAUGCUUUCCUUUUGACCUUUCAAGUCACCCAAGCUUGUUAUACUGAUAGCAUAAACUGCCCUGAUACUGAUGGAAAAAAACACUUUUGUCCCUUUAAAAAAGUGAUGUUUGGAGUUUUAUAGAAAUUGAAUGAAACCAGUUUCUUUCUUAUACAAUAAUCGAGUUAAUUAACAAUUAGAGCAAAGUGAUCAUUGUAACUGAAGGAAGGGAAUGGAAGUGUCUGUGUAUUCACAUAUGUAUAUAUGUGAUAAAAAUGUUUUUUUUUUUUUUUAAACAAAUUAAUCAUUCUGGAACUUGCACUGGCUUGUCUGAAGACCCGGUCUGAAGACACCUGACUGAUUCUUGUCAUAUUUGUCCACGUGAUCCAUCCUCUUUGUGUGUUUUAUGCAUGCAUGAGCUGUUCACUAGUACUAAAACAUAAGUCAUGAAGACCAAAGGGAGACAUUUUGUCUGUUGUAUUGAAUUGCCAUGAUCAUGGGUAAGUAUAAGAUUUGGUGACGUACGGCUGGAUACACUGAUUAGGAUUUUGCUGUAUGACGUUGCAGUGAUUUUCACUGAGUAAACUAGUGACCAACAGUUUAAUGCAGAAAUAUCCCUAAGUCACUAUGAGUUGUAUUUGUCUUUGUUUUGAAUGAGUGACUAAUACAUGUGUUUGUCAGACAGCAGACACCUGUACUGCGUGUUCAAGGCCGUCCUUCCCUUUUUCAAAGCUUUAUUUUUUGCAUAUUUAGAAAAAGGACAACUUGAAUACAUCCGACUCCACUGGAGACUAGACUAGAACCGAUUAUUAUUCAGACUCCAGAUAAAAUUGCCGGUGUUGAAUUAGAGUUGAUUUAGAGUUGAUUUGAACACACGUGAUGCUUCGCAUCCAUGUUUUUUUUGCUGCAAGUAUUUGGGUUUGCUUUAAAAAGUACGCACUGAUAUUUGCUUAAGUUCAGGAACCCCAGAUUUAAAGAAUUGUUGCCCAAAGUAAACAAACUUGCUUGCGUUAGCGUCAUUGUGUAUUCACUUUUCUCUAAUUUUCUUCAGAUCCUUCACAUAAUUAAUGUGAAGUGAAAAAGUCAAUUCAGCACUAGUGAUUUUAUUGUGGAAAUUCAUGGUACGUGGUACAGGAUAGUGAAGUAUAAUUUGUAUGUGUGUGUGUGUGUGUGUGUGUGUGUGUGUGUGUGUGUGUGUGUGUGUGUGUGUGUGUGUGUCCAUCUGGUGCAUGAAUGAGUCAUAGUCAUGCAUGAAUACACAUACUUAUGAGGCAGUUGUCUCAUGGGUGGCUUACACACACAUUUAUUCCAUAACCUCUGCACUGCAGUGAUCUGUACAGCGACUGCAGCUUACACACAUUCGAAAAUAUGGCACUUAACUGGAACUGGGCUUUGAGUAAUAGAUCUGUACGUUUGUGUGUAAUGAAUAUUAAAGAGGCAUUAUUGUGGCAUUGAUUACUUACUGUGCCAAAUAACCAACACACUCAGAACUUAACUAAGAUCUUGUUUACAGGACACACAUGGCCGUUUUAUACCGUGAAUAGUACAGCCUGGGUUUUUUUUUCUCCUUAAGUGUGCCUCUUUGUUUUGCCUGUUUUAUUUUUCUCUUUAUUGCAGUUCCCCUUCUUCCUCUCUCUCUCUCUCUCUGUCUCUCUCUCUCUCUCUCUCUCUCUCUCUCUGUGUAUGUGUGUAUGUGUGUGUGCGCAUGAGUAGACCACUGCAGUGUACUUCAACACUGGGAGCUACACAGCCUUUGAAUAUUGUCGUACAAUUACGUUCAGUCCUGUGCCUGAUGCACAUUUAUUUCUAUUUCUCCUAUUUAUUGUUCAUUAUUAUCAAUGUUUUGGUUAUAUUGAUGUAUUGUUUAUUCAAAUUAUGUAUAUUUAUUUUGGUGUUUUUUUUAAUCUAUUUUUUUAAAUGUAAAACAUUGAUUUAAACUAUGUAUAUAUAUUUAUUUAUUUUUUGCUUGGAGUAUGUGGUCUGGAUGUGUGCAGGUUAGAACUAAUCCCAGAUUGGCCAAAUAUUGUGUUCUUGCUGUCCUGUGUGUGUGAAGAGCUGUGUGUGGCUAAAACAAAGGCUGCAUAGGGAACUGACAAGUCCUGUUUAAUCAGACAAUUCAGUGUAGAAUUACAGUAGUCUGGGCCAUUUGGGGAGUGUAUACUCAAAAUAUCUACCGCGUAGGUCUGGCGGGUUUGACAAGGAAGCUAUUAAAUGUGAUAUGAAAUAGUUGAAUGGUCAAAUAUUAUUUUAGAACAACCAUCAGUUUCAUGGUUGUGUAAAUGUGCAACAUUCCAUUUCCCUACCAUCUAUCUCAAAGCAAACAAGUCCAAAUCGUGUGUGUGUGUGUGUGUGUGUGUGUGUGUGUGUGUGUGUGUGUGUGUGUGUGUGUGUGUGUGUGUGUGUGUGUGUGUGUGUGUGUGUGUGUGUGUGUGUGUGU